AUGGCAGAAUAAUAACAAAACUAUAGUGAUUUAGUGAAUCAAGAAAUCGAAUAGCCAAACAAACCAAUCAAAUGGGAAGUCGAUGGAAUGCCUUAAACAAGAGUUGGACAAAUGAAAAAAGAAGCUGUCUAUAUUUUCUGGUUCGAAUUCUUAGGAACAUUCAUGCUAACAUUCUCCAUCUAUGCCAGCAAUAAUAACCUCUUCGUUUUCAGUUGUGCCUAUGGCAUGCUGAUCUUGGUAGCUCAAAAUCAAAAAUGCUCAUUCAAUCCUGCAAUUACUACUGUUUUAUCUGGCAAUGACAAAGGCUUGUGGGUCUCAGUGGCUAUAGCUAGUUAAUUUGGAGGAGCAUUCUUGGCGAGCAUGCUUGGUUUCUUUUGCUUUAAAAAUUAUGUCAACGAAGUUCCAUAUUUGUCCUAAACGACAUUUGAAGAAUAUUUCGCAGUUAUUAUUGGUGAAAUCUUAGGAUCGCUUAUUCUUACUGCUGGCUUUCUAUUUUAAUAUGAUGAUUUAAUGGAUUUCACAAGUGAUAGAUUAGAACAUAGUCUCAUAAUCAGUGGAUUAUAUGGGGUUGGUAGAACUUUAAGUUAUGUUGCCAAGAGCAGUCUAAAUCCAGCUAUUGCCAUGGGAUUAGUAUUUUUUGAAUGUUGCAAAGAUGGCCAUUGGGCUAGAUUUUGGAACUUAUGGAUUUAUGCUGGUUUACCGUUUGUCGGAGCUUUUAUCUCGUUAACAUUGAUUAGGAUAUUAUACAAAGAUUGCUAUGAAAAAUAAAUAAAGGCUGGUUUGAAAUAUUGAAUGACAAUAAACUAAUUUUUAGAGAUAUUAUUAUAAAUUUAUUUAGUUUUUAAUU